AUGCACGUAUGAACGCAGUCCCAUGUAUAAAUAAGGGAUUCCGACUUGGGAAGCUAUAUAUGACCCUGCCAGCCCACAUGCUUUCAGGUUGAGAAAUAAAAGAAAAGAUAAGAAUUCGUUCACAUACCCACAACUCAACUCGAAAUCACGAAACAUGAGUGAUCAGGUCAAAGACAAGACUGGCGAACCCAUCCACGAAGGUGACGAUGUCGAGACUAGGAUCCGUGGAGGUACUCGCAAGGGAACAGUUGAGAAUAUUGUGACAAGUCAGGAAGAAGCGCGGGAAGAGAACGUUAAGAAUCCGCCAAAGGUUGUUUACUACGACCAACAUGGCCAUCGAGUCGCGCAUAACCCGCAGACGUUGCGAAAGGGGGGAGAAGACUGAAGCUCCAAGCCGCAAUGGACCGAUGUCCCCUCACUGUACGGAGUAGGAUUGUGAUAACAUAUAAAUAAGAACCCUUAUCUUUGC